GUGAUGUUAUCAGUGACUCCCGCUUCCCUUCUAGCAGAGAGGGAGUCAAUUUAUGGGAUGAAAAGGAGACUCUUUAAUGGUUCCCAUCAAAACCACUAAAAACAUCAUCGAACCGGCUGACUUUGGCGAGGAUUCCUGCGGCGGACUGCGACCUAAACAAACACGGAGAGACACUUUCAGGGGGGGUUUCAUCCGGGUCUGAACUUCCCAGGAGAGAAGAAGUUUUCCCGACUCUUCCUUCCUUCGACAUUCAGGAUACUUUGGGAGGAAAAGCGACAAAACCGCCUUUUUUAAAAAUAAAAAAUAUAUAUCUUUAACUCGUUUAUUUCCACUGAAGUGAGUUCGGUGGUUAAUGUUUACAAAUGUUAGCGGUCGGGCAGAUGGACGCUAACCGGCAGAGUGCGUUCGUUCUGGGCAGCACCCCGCUGGCGGCGCUGCACAACAUGACCGAGAUGAAGACGUCGCUGUUCCCGUACGCGCUGCAGCAGAGCCCGGCGGGCUUCAAGGCGCCCUCGCUGUCCAACCUCAGCUCGCAGAUCUCCGGGGGAACCCCGCACGGAAUAAGCGACAUUCUGGGGAGACCCAUCACCACCGCCGGGCAGCUGCUGUCCGGCUUCCCGCGGAUAAACGGGCUGGCGGCGACCACAGCGGCCGGGAUGUACUUCAGCCCCGCGGUGUCCCGGUACCCGAAGCCGCUGGCCGAGCUGCCCGGCAGGGCGCCCAUCUUCUGGCCCGGGGUGAUGCAGGGGGCCCCGUGGAGGGACCCGCGGGUUCCGUGUCCAUCUCAGGCUAACCUCAUGGUGGACAAAGACGGCAAGAAGAAACACUCCAGGCCGACGUUUUCUGGACAGCAGAUUUUUGCCCUGGAGAAAACCUUCGAGCAGACCAAAUACCUGGCUGGACCCGAGCGAGCCCGGCUGGCCUACUCCCUAGGAAUGACCGAGAGUCAAGUAAAGGUUUGGUUCCAGAACCGGAGGACCAAGUGGAGGAAGAGGCACGCCGCGGAGAUGGCCUCAGCCAAGAAGAAGCACGACUCUGAGACGGAGAAGAUGAAGGAGAGCUCGGACAACGAGGAGGACGACGAGUACAACAAGCCGCUGGACCCCAACUCCGACGACGAGAAAAUCACGAGACUGUUGAAGAAGCACAAGGCCACCACCAACCUGGCGCUGAUCAGCCCCUGCAGUAACAGCUCGGACACCUUGUGAUGGACAGAGCAGCGGGGUCCGGCGCCGGAGACCCGUCCCACGCAGCUCCCACCUGAUAUAGCAACCUGCGUCCGAUGGGAAGCGCAAUUUAUUAUUAUUUUUUUGUUUCAUUUUGCUCGGGCAGAGAAAAUUGCCAGAGAGGGGGGCUUCAUCUAAACUGGACACGAGGCGCUCCAGAACUCCUCGUCCGAGCUGAACUUGAAGGAAAAAAAAAAAAAAAAACUGAGGCCAAGUUUCUGUCGGUCCAGAGGACAGUAAAACUGAGGAAGAAACUUGCCAAGUGGGAGUUUUAACAGCGGCGGCAAAUUUAAACACAAUAUUAAAUCUGGAUCAGCUCAUUUAUUCAACAUUAAUAACCCAAAGUUUCAGGGUACUUCAGGAGUUUUUUUUUUAUUAUUAUUAUUAGAGAUGCACCAAUCAGACUUUUCCUGGUCGAUACAGAACUAAAACACAUUAAAAAAGAGAAAAUUAAUGGUAUUCAGACUUUUUUCUUAGUUUUCAAUCCAACAUAAAACAGAAAUAUCAUCGUUAUUUAUGCAUCAAAGCAUUUUCCCCAACUAGAAAUGCACUAAUCAGCAGUCCAGGAAUCGGAAUCAGCCGAUUUUUCAUUGAUUGGCUCUGAUUCAAUGAUUUGCUAAAUGCGUUAAAACUAAGAAUUGCUACUUUUUGUUGUUGGCACAUUAACACAUCAACCAACAACUUGCACUUUGAUGCACUUUUUUCAGUUUAUUAUAAAUCAAAUUGAGGGUUAGGGAUGUACACUUUAUUGCGUAAACGGGGAUUAUUUUGCUAAAAAUGUCUUUUAAAAAAUUGGUAUCCACCAGGAAAAGUCUCAAUAAUAACCUAAACUUUUCCAAUUUAAGAUUUAUUUCUCAUUUCUGUUGCUUUAAAGUAAAAUUUUUCUGCUUUAAGCAGCAGUACCCAUCUGUUAUGAGCUGUUUUUCAUUUUGUUUCGCCACGCCGCCUCCGUGCUGAUCCGGAUCCCAGACGCAUGGUGUAAACGGGCCUGUGAGGUUCUGAAGCUCACUUUAACCAGGGUAAAUCUGCUGUGCUAAAAAAGCAAAAGAGUUAUUAUGCUUUUUGUUUUUGGGAGUGUAGGGGGGUUGUCUGCUUGGGAUGACUGAAGUGAGAUUGUAUAUAUUUUAUACUGGAUAAGUUAUGUUGGCUCAAACUUCAUGUCUCUCUCCCUUCCUUGGCUAUUUGACCCGCUGUUUACGUUUUUAAUCCGUUUUCUCAACCUUUUAUUCAACUCUUCAUGCAGAGAAGAGCAGGCAGAAAAUACUUGCUGUAAAUAAUCACUGUAAAAAGAAGGAAACAAACCAU